AUGCACAUAAAGAAGAAUGGGAUAUCUAAGAUCACAAGACUCCGAUAUUUAGGAUUUGUUUUGUUUCAUCUGCAGAUACCAGACAGAGAGCCAUUUCCUUUGUCCAGACCAGAUGCUAUUGAAGGCCACUAUGAGGAAGCUGAACCAUAUGACACCGUCAAUAAUGAUGAAGUUGAUGCUGUCAGUAGCUCUUAUGAAUCCUAUGAUGAGGAUGAGAACACCAAGGGGAAAUCCAUGACUCAUCAGUGGCCAUCUCCAGAGGCCUCCAUUGAAUUGAUGAAAGAUGCUAGAAUUUGUGCUUUCCUCUGGCGAAAGAAGUGGCUGGGCCAAUGGGCCAAACAACUUUGUGUCAUAAAAGACUGCAAGCUUCUGUGCUACAAGAGCUCAAAGGACCAGAAUCCUCAACUGGACGUGAGUCUGAUUGGCAGCACGGUUAUCUAUAAAGAGAAGCAAGUGAAAAAGAAGGAACAUACACUGAAGAUCACACCAGUAAAUUCAGAUGUCAUAGUAUUGGGUCUUCAAAGCAAGGAUCAGGCAGAGCAGUGGUUAAAGGUAAUUAAUGAGAUCAGCAACAUCCAAGGUGAUGGCUUUACUGAUGGAAAUCAUGUAGCCAUUGAUCAUUUCCGUAUUCAUGGUCAACGGCUGGAUUCAUCAGAACGUUAUUCAGGUGCAUCAGAGAGUGGAAACAGUACCGAUGGUGGAUCUGUACAUGAUAUCAUGGAGGCUAAGGAUGUGAAAAAGAAAUCCAGUAUUGGCGACCUUAAAACUGCAGGUCUGAAGCUGAGUAGUUUUAUGAAUCUUGGGAAAAAGAAGCCUAUAUCUGUGGAGAUUCCCAUUAACAAUAAGAAGAAUGUUGAAGCAUCAGGGUAUUUGAAUGUGUUUAUGAACAGCCAGUGGCGUACCCGUUGGUGUCAGGUUAAAAAUGGACUUAUCCACUUCUAUCAGGACAAGAGCAAAAACAAAGCUGUUCAAAAUCCUCUGAGUCUAGAAGGCUGUGAGGUUAUUCCUGACUCUAGUCCAGAACAUUUAUAUUCCUUCCGCAUUUUGCACGAUGGCGAGGAGGUAGCUUCUUUAGAGGCUAAGUCUUCAGAAGAAAUGGGUUACUGGCUUGGUCUUCUGCUGGCUGAAUCAGGAUCUAAGACAGACCCUGAAGAGUUCACUUAUGACUAUGUUGAUGCUGACCGAGUGUCUUGUAUAGUGCAUGCAGCCAAACAUUCUUUAUACUUACUGCAGCGUAGAUACUCAGAGCCAAACACAUACAUCGAUGAUUUACCUGUGGUGCAGAACCAGACUGAUGACCUGUAUGAUGAUGUGGAUGUACCUGAAUCUGUGGAUGAUAAAACUAAUGAGGAACAGUGCUAUGGGGAAGAUCAAACAAGGGUUUACUUGGACCUAACUCCAGUAAAAUCAUUCCUUCACUCUAGUAACAACAAAUUGGCUUCUAAUGUACAACCAAAUGCAUCAAACUCUGAGAAUGGAAGAGAACCUUCAAAUCUUAUACAAAUGAAUGACAAAGACACAGCCAGUGAUUCUGAUUCUGGGAUCACUGCAAGGCCUUUGGAGUCUGGUAUCAAGAUAUCCCAAGUGAAAGCAGAGUUUGAAGAAAAGUCCUCAAAGGCUGGCAGCAAGCCUUCAAAUAGUCAGAAAGUGGUGAUGCCUUGGGCUGAUCAGAAUAAGAAUGGCACACCAGCAAGUAAUCCACAAGUGAAGACAGUGACGGAGUGCAUUGAAAAGCAGAAGCUGAGUGCAACAGUAUCAAUUGAAACCAAAUUUGGGAAGAAUCGAACGGAGGCCGAUCUAAAAAAAUUCAUUGAAGAGAAAGAGAAACUGGAGAAAGAAAAGGAGCAGCUUCGAAAUGAGCUGAUGCAGCUAAAGAAACAGAAGAGGGAGGUGAAGGAUGCAAUGGCAGCUUGUAAAGAUAAGCAAGUACUUUGCAGUCAGGAGGAAAGGCUGCGACAGAUUGAGGAAGAAUGGAAAUCAAAGGAAAAUAACAGGGUCGACCUGGAGCUCAAACUGGUAACAGUGAAGGAGAACCUGAAGAAAGCUGAGUUGGGGCCAGUGACACUGGGAACAACUGUGGAUGCCAGUCAUUUCGACAAUUUAAGCACAAAUAAUAAGCCUUCUAAUCUUAAUAACAGUCCUGAUAGCUCACCUGUGAACUCUGCAGCAGCCUUAAAGAAUAGACCAUUAUCUAUUGUGCAGUCUGGAAAGGGGACUGUGUUACAAAAAGCAAAGGAAUGGGAGAAGAAAGCUACCAGCUAGAAAAUAUUUUGAAUGAUUUGGACAUUAAUAUUAAGAACUGUAGCCUUUGGAACUGAAAGAUACUUUUCUUCAUCUAUUCUUGGGAGGCAGAUAUAGAAAGCCACUACUACUUGGCACACUUUUUCAUAUAUGAAAACUUCUACUGCCCCAGUCAUCAACAGGAACUCACACACUAAUAUCAUGGGCCAUUGCUACAAAGCAUCUGAAGUCUUGGAGGUUCUUCAUUUCAUCAUUGAAUAUUCUAUGCUUAAGAAAACUGUUGGUAUGACUUCUAGCAAAGUUUAAUGUUUAACCAAUAAAUACUGUCUUAAGUCAUUCAGUGCAACAAAUGCCUGAUUUUCCUUUGGUGCUUACAAGUCCAAUGAUGUAAGGAAUAUCUGGCAUGCAAGUUAAAAUAAGUUAAAAUUCCUCUUUAUUAAAGUCUAUUAGAUGAUGAUGCUAUGCGAAAGGAAACAGUUGAGUAAUAUAAAAGAUGGCAACAAGCCCUCCAUUCUGUUUCUAAAUAAUAUAAUUAAUUUAGAGUGGUAAAGAUAACUUAAAGAUCAAGCUCAGGUUUUAAUUUCCAUCUGCGUUGACAUUCCAGAGUGCCUGCGUGUAAUAGCUGAGUCUUCCUGUUCUUACUAGACUGCCUGAUACAGCUCUCCAAAGGAACAGAGAAGCCCAUCAUUGAGAGGUCAGACUGGUCCUGCCUGUGGAAACCCCUCUCAUUAAGUGGCUGACAACAAGAGUAGCAUUGAAGUUAGUGACAGAGACAAUAAUUGUCUGUCAUCGAUCAAACAAAGUACUUUGGUCCUGGCUUGUGGCAUCUGAAUUGGGUGUAGAUGAGAAAUUUUCUUUUUACGAAAGCAAAGAGUUCCACAAAAAAAAGCACAGACACCCCAAUUGAACAAAACUAUGUAAAAAUAUAAUCACGAAAGCUUCUGUUAAUCUCUUGUCAUCUUUGAUACUACCCAGCUGGCUGUAUUCCCAGCAACUCAGUCUCAUAUUAAUUCCGUUUAUAAUCAGAAAUUUCUGGCAUGCAAUCCAGAAAUCCCUGAUGACGUGGUUUCCUUAAAAAAAAAUGUGAUUUCUUUAUUCCCUCUUUGCAACGUUGUAAAUACAUAUACUUACGUGUGAACAGUUAUGAAAGCACAUUUGUUAUAUACCAGUAACAGAAGUAUAAAAUAAGAAUUAGUUAUACCAAACUUCUUGAAAUAAAUAAUAUUUUCCCCAUAUUCUAACUCUGCUGUUGGU